AUGGCUUUGGCAGUUAGCCUCCUGAUCGCCCCCCAGGUAUCAUCAGAUGAGAUGGAUUUGUCGAAUUUUCUAUACUUUUCCGCUCUGAAAUACCUCGAUGCUGUAUUUGCCAAACCGGAACCUGUUUUGCAUGCCCAAGCAUAUCUAUUAUGUACCCCACACGCUCUCCACUCGCCUUCGUCUCGAACCCUUCUCACGAUGACUUCAACAACAAUGCGACAUUGUGUUAUUUCUAAAUUGCAUCUGUGCUUGAACGAACGGGAGAUUAGAGACAGUACAAGCCUUCUUGAGGUUCAAAUCCGCCGUCGUGUCUUCUGGUCCGCAUACGCAAUCGAUCGCCUCGUUAACUGGAUUUAUCAUAUCCCAUGCAGUCUUCCAGAUGAAAAUAUCCAAACUAAGCUAUUUGCAUUAAGCGACGAUGAAAUCAAAGCGUGGGCUCCAACGCCGUACUUUUAUAGGGAUGUGGAAUCUGCCCCACGACGAACUCAAGUCUCAUCUUCCCUCCAGUUAACUGGCGCUAGACGGGUCCAGUCGCGAAUACUCAAUAUCAUGAUGCGUGUUGACUACGAAGAUAAAUUUGCUCAACGCUAUGACUGGCGCUUACACAUGCUCGAGGAGCUUCAUCAAUGGAAGAUGCAACUAAAGCCGCAUAUUGACCUCCAGUCAGAAGGAUACACUAGCCGUCAAACGGCACAGCUUUGGCCGGGCCUUCUGAGCCAAUUCGGCGUGGGAAUCACCCUGUUAUAUUGUUUCUGGGCUACCAAUUAUUCAUGCCGGGAAACUUUAUUUCGCAUCCCCGGGAUCUCGGCUGGGAUUCGAACAUGCUCUGUUAUUCUCGCCGUAUUUUCAGAACGCUGGAAACAGGCUGAGGCAUUGCGGGAUGUGUUCGACAUCCUAUCUAACUCGAUUCAACCCAUCAACUUCGUGUCCAACGAUGCAGAGCAGAAUGGAGUUCCCUCCUUAGCUGCAGACCGAAUUAAGCCCAUGAUUCCGCUUAUCACGUCCUUGGUCAUGGACGACCAUGUUUGCAGAAUGAUCAGAGAGAUGAUCUCAGGGAACUACCGAUGGAAUGACAGUGGAACAUGUGACAAGUAUCUGGGGUGGUCUUCGGGAAACGUCCAUGAUCCUCAUACUUGUCGUCUCUCUUUGUACUGA